AGGAACGAAGCGCCGCACAAGCAGCCUGCGCGCCCGCGGGCGCUCCGCACAGCUGAGCAGAGCCGGCGGCCCCGCGGUGCCUGGGGCGGGCCGGGCCGGCGGCCGCGGAGCCCGGCGGGGUGUGGCCUCGGCGUUAUUUAUGAGCUCCAGCCCCUAUUUGCUCAGCUAAUGAUGCACCGGAGGCUGCCGUGCCUCGCCUCGCUAGCGCGGCGGCGGCGGCAAGGGCAGGGCAGAGCCGAGCCGGUAACUGGAAACCAAAGGCUUCAACCUCAGCGCCCGGCCACUUUCCAUUCACUCCUAGGUGCUUAAUUGAGGGCUGGGGAGAAGCGCUCCCGGUGCCUUAGGAGUCCAGCUCGAAGGAUUGUUUUAUAAGGGAACCGGGAGUACCUUUGCAACCACCACGAAGAGAGAGUUUUCCUUUAUUUUUAUUCUUUUUAUUUUUAUUUUAUUUUUCCCCCACACAAUGAGCCGGGUUCGGAAUUAAAACGUUCUGGUAACAGCAGAAGAGUCCAUAAACUGAUAGAAAGCAGAUAGAAAGCUGUAUUACUGGUUCUUCCAAUAGCUGGGUUUCAUUUCUUGGAUAUUAAGCUGCAAAUCUGAAGAGAUGGCAUUUCUUGUACUGCACCUGGUGAUUGGGAUAUUUAUUUACUUCAACAGUGUAAAAGGAUCUUCCCAGCCUCAAGCAAGGGUGUUUUUAUCAUUCAAUGAGCUGCAAGAAACUAAGACCUCUGAAUAUCACAGAAUAUCACACAGUCCUCUGGAUUACAGGAUAUUAUUGAUGGAUGAAGAUCAGGAUCGGAUCUAUGUGGGCAGCAAAGAUCAUAUUCUGUCUUUGAAUAUUAAUAAUAUAAGCCAAGACCCUCUCAGUAUUUUCUGGCCAGCAUCUGCAAACAAGAUAGAGGAGUGCAAAAUGGCUGGCAAAGAUCCUACUCAUGGCUGUGGAAAUUUUGUGCGUGUGAUACAGUCAUACAAUCGCACACACCUAUACGUUUGUGGCAGUGGAGCCUUCAGCCCAGUGUGUGUGUAUGUCAACAGGGGACGCAGGUCUGAGGAACAAAUCUUCAAGAUCGACUCCAAGUGUGAAUCAGGGAAGGGACGCUGUUCUUUCAACCCAAAUGUGAACACGGUGUCUGUUAUGAUCAAUGAAGAGCUUUUUUCAGGAAUGUAUAUUGAUUUCAUGGGGACGGAUGCAGCCAUUUUUCGGAGCCUGACCAGACGGAAUGCAGUGCGAACAGACCAACACAACUCCAAGUGGCUGAGUGAGCCUAUUUUUGUGGAUGCUCAUGUUAUCCCAGAUGGCACUGACCCCAAUGAUGCCAAAAUCUACUUCUUCUUCAAAGAGAGACUGACAGACAACAGUGGCAGCACCAAGCAAAUUCACUCAAUGAUUGCAAGAAUAUGCCCAAAUGAUACAGGUGGUCAGCGUAGUCUUGUGAACAAGUGGACAACCUUCUUGAAAGCAAGACUUGUGUGCUCAGUAAUGGAUGAAGAUGGAACAGAAACGUACUUUGAUGAAUUAGAGGAUGUGUUUCUUUUGGAGACAGAUAACCCCAGAACAACGCUUGUGUAUGGAAUUUUUACAACAUCAAGCUCAAUAUUUAAAGGCUCAGCUGUGUGUGUGUAUCAUUUAUCUGACAUCCAGACUGUGUUCAACGGGCCAUUUGCACACAAGGAGGGACCAAACCACCAGCUGAUUCCAUAUCAGGGCAGAAUACCAUACCCGCGGCCUGGCACCUGUCCAGGAGGAGCCUUCACACCCAAUAUGCGGACAACCAAAGAGUUUCCAGAUGAUGUUGUGACCUUCAUCAGGAAUCACCCUUUGAUGUUUAAUCCCAUUUACCCAAUACACAAGAGGCCAUUAAUCAUCCGUAUAGGAACGGACUACAAGUAUACAAAGAUUGCUGUGGAUCGAGUGAAUGCAGCAGAUGGAAGAUACCAUGUCUUGUUUCUUGGCACAGACCAAGGAACUGUACAAAAGGUUGUUGUCUUACCCACCAACUUCUCUGCAAGUGGAGAACUCAUUUUAGAAGAGCUGGAGGUUUUUCAGAGUAAUUCUCCUAUAACAACAAUGAAGAUCUCAUCUAAAAAGCAACAGCUGUAUGUGAGCUCAGACGAAGGGGUCACCCAGGUAUCCUUGCACCGCUGCCACAUCUAUGGGACUGCCUGUGCUGACUGCUGCCUAGCCCGAGAUCCGUACUGUGCCUGGGAUGGCAACUCUUGCUCCAGAUUUUAUCCCACAGGGAAAAGGAGGAGUCGCAGGCAAGAUGUGAGACAUGGAAACCCUCUGACUCAGUGCCGAGGUUUCAACCUGAAAGCCUACAGAAAUGCAGCAGAAACAGUCCAAUACGGAGUGAAAAACAACACCACCUUUCUUGAAUGUACACCCAAAUCUCCUCAGGCUUCUAUUAAAUGGCUGCUACAGAAAGAUAAUGACAGGAGGAAAGAGGUCAAGCUGAAUGAGAGGAUCAUAGCUACUGAGCAAGGACUCCUCAUUCGCUCUGUCCAAGACAGUGACCGAGGGCUUUAUCACUGCAUCGCAACAGAGAACAACUUCAAGCAAACCUUAGCAAAAAUCAAUUUCAAAGUGCUAGAUACAGAGAUGGUGGCCUUCAUGACUGACAAGUGGUCCCCUUGGACCUGGGCCAGCUCAGUGCGAGCGCUGCAGUUCCACCCAAAGGACUUUGUGGGAGCUUUCAGCCACUCAGAAAUGCAGAUGAUUAACCAAUACUGCAAAGACAGUAGACAGCAAGGUCAGCAGAGGGAAGAAUCUCAGAAGAUGAGAGGCGACUACAGUAAACUAAAGGCCCUUAUCAAUAGCAGGAAAAGUAGAAAUAGAAGAAAUCAGUUACCUGGAUCUUAAUUUUAUUUUGUAGUAGGAGAUAUCUUUGUCCUCACUGUAGGGGGCUUAUAUUUGUCUGUUGAGAACAAAUUUGAGCAAAUAUGAUGAAAAAUUAAAUGAUAUUACAACAAGCUUCAGAAAAUAUUAUCCUCCCAAUAAAAUGCAGUGUAACUUAACUAAAGAAAAGAUGUGGAGAAUUUUCAUUCCUAGAUGCUUACUGGCACUAGAUUAUGCUCUGUCCUAGAAGCAAAACUGAGUGUUCUUAAACCAGAUUCACAUUCAACAUCUCAGUAUUUAAUUACAGUUGAACAGAAAUUAUUACAAAAUCAAUGCAUUAUCUUGCAACUUUGGAACUGUACUAAACAGAUUGGUGGUGGAAGAAUCUGGGUUAAGAUGCAAGCUCAAAUUAAGAUGGUACUAAGAUUUCCUUGCACUGCAUUUAUGAACAUGAGUUUCUACUUGUUUACUGUUCUAUAGUGGGUUUACUGCUUUCACUCAUUGUUCAAAUCAUGUGAAUGCAUGCAUAUAGGAAGCAAACAUAGUAGAAAUGUUUCAUUCAUUCAGAAGUCAAAUGAAGGAAUGAGCAGAAGAAAAAGAGAAAAAAGCUUUUUAUACUUUGUCAGAGGAAACACUGAUUAUUGUGCAUAGUAUGAGUUGUAAUAAAUUUAUGAGUCUGGAAUGUAACUUAAAAUAUCUCUGCUCAUAUUGAUUUUUAUAGGAUGUCCUAUGACAUGUCAUAGCUUUAUAAGUGGCACAAGCUAAGAUGAGAAUGUUCAUUAUAUGUACAAUUUUGAAAAACACCUAAGUGUCUUGGGUAUUUUAGCUAUUUUCAAAGAAUUACACUCCAAUUUUUUUCAAAGGUCAGAAUGUGGGUAUACUGUACAGUGUUUACUCAAAAAUUGUUUUUAAUCUGCUUCACAAUUUAUUUGGAGCUGGUCUACAAUAUAGAAACAAGUCAGAAAUGUCAUUGAAAAUUUCAAAACAUUUUUUCAGCUAGUUUCUCGAAGUUGCAAAUAUGUUAUCUAGAAUUAAAGCAUUUUCAUUUUUCAGUCUUUAUACCUUUUUUUUUUGGUUGGUUUUCUGCUGAGAAGAAGAACAAGGGGAAAAAAAAACAAGAUAGAAAAUAAAAAAUAAAAAAAAAUGUUUGGGUCAAAAACCUAAAAUUACAACAUUUUGAGAGGCAUGUUUAAAUAGAAAUAUUUUUGUUUAAGAAGCAGCCGUCAGGUCUAAUGAAGUAUGUCUAUUGAAAACUGGUUACAUGUGCAUCAUCUAUCCCGGGCAAAACAAUCGCGUCCUUUUGAGCAACACUGAUGCCAAAAAAUAGGGACAAAUGUUCAUUAUUUUAUUCUGUAAGAGUGUUCUGGAAGCCACUGGGUUUGUUUACAAGAAAUAGACAGUAAGGAUUAAAUGUGUGUGACUACCUUAGAAAAAGUGUUUUAUUACAUGAUAUUUUUAUGAUGGUAUGCAACAAUAUAAGCUAAUUAACCAUGUUCAGUUCAAUAAAUAAAUGAAUAAUAAAUAAAUAAAUACACUUUCUAAAAAAUCAGUUAGUGAAAAUAACUUCUGGGCCCAGUGAAGGUAAGAAAAAGUUAGCUCCAGCCAGUAACAUGGAUACUGUAUUUAAAACAGUUUUGAAAAAUUUAAUGGAUGAUUGUUGAAACUCUUGGGCAUUAUUUUGAUUCUACACUGGGCAUAACUCUACAGGAUGUAGGAAGACACCUCAGCCAGUGUGAAUUAAGAUCCAGUGCAAUGGAGUUAACUCUGUUAUUAAGGUGAUACCAUAGUUUGAUAUGUCAGAUCGUCACCACCUGAUGCAGAAUAGCUGGGAAAUGGGUCAUGAUUUAUCAAAGUACUUGAACACUCUCCCUAAGACCCUUUGAUGCUGAUGGACUUCUUUGAUGCUCUUGGAAUUCUGUAUACAUGCUUAGUGCUUGCUUCAAAGGGGGUGUCAAUGCCUGAUUGUAUGAUACCAAGUAGUUAAGUGUUUUCCUCAGUCAAGGCCUAAAUGCAAGUUUCUGCAGUAUGUAGAUGUUGGUAUCUGAGGUCCUUCACAUGGAAGCCAAUGGGUAAAUUUUCUUUUUGAUUUCUGUGAUCUUGGAACCAGCCUUGAGAACUGGUAAAAAAAAUACUUUCUGAGGGUAGAAAAAAAAAAUAUAUAUAUAUAUAUAUAUUUCUUUUUUUUUUUUUUCCUGAGGAUAACCGACUUCUGGAGUGUGUAAGUUACAAACCAAAAAUUGAGUGCCACAAAAUGAAACUACCUCCUAGAAUGACAUUAGUACAUAUGCUCUGUAUGCUGCCAUACUCUUAUUUCCACAGCAGAUUCACUGCAGAGUCAGUGUGAUAUUAAUGUCUAUUGUGAGGAUCAUAAUUGCUUCCAGAUGGAAUACAGUGAUUAAUAAGUAUUUAAGGGUACAAUUUACUCCUUAAGUGGUUAGGUACAGUGAUAUUUUAAUAGGCCCCCAUUAGGCCUCGGAAAUUAUAGUUACACUGUUUUCUAAUAGAAUAUUGGCAAUAAGGGAUUCCGUCAAAACAAUCAGCAUAGCUCAGUUUCAUAUGACUAUAAAAUAAUAUUUUUAAAGCUGCUUCAUAUACCAUUAUUAUGGUAUGACUGUUUAAGGGAUUAUACUUAAACUAACAUUUUUCCUGCUGCAUGAAAACUUCAGCAAAUAUAUAAUAAGUUGCUGUCAGUGCAUAACUGGUCCAAGCUUCCAUGCUUUAGCAGCCUUCCCCUGUGUAUAUAGUAGUCAGGAGCCAGAUGCUCAGCUGGUAUAAACUAAUGUAACUUCCUCGCUGUCCAUUUAGCUACUGUGGUUUCUACCAGCUGAGGGUUCGGCCCUGAAUGUACAGAAUAGACAAACUUCAAUUUUUAUUUGUUUAAAGUAGCCCCUCUACUGUAGGUAACACCAAAAUUUAGGACUGUAAUAUUGUUUGUGCUAUUUAAUACUUUCUAUUUUGAGGAUUACUAAAUUAUGUAUAUAAUUUUAUUUCUUAAAAAAUACAAAAGCAAAAAGAUGUCUAGGCAUAACUUCACAAAAUGUAAAGAUAUGUUCUCUGCUAAGAACUUCCCGUGUACUGAUAUUUUUUGGUUAUUAUUAUUUUGUGUAGUUUGUAAAGUUUGCUGAAAUCUCGACCUAACAAUGUGUUCUUUGCAAUUGUUGUUACUGUAGAUAUGUGUGUUUUAUUAAGAAAAUCCUGUUUUUAAAAAUUGUAGGUAUGUGUAAAAGUUCCUAGCAUGAUGAAACUGUCAUUACAGUGAAUAUGCAUUAUAUAGUGUGUAAGAAAGAACAAAAUGUAGUUUAACAUAGUGUUAUUUAAUUUAAUAUCUAAAAUAUUAUUUGCCUGACAAAAUAAAGUGUGUUGCAACAAC